AUGAGAGGCUUUUCAGAAGAGCUAAAGCCUAAAAUUUUUGUGACUAUUGCAAGGAAUAUUGAGAUUGAUAGUGUUACAAAAGAGACAAUCCUUGCAAUUAGCCAAUCUGGCGGAGUUUAUUUGUAUUCUCUAGUACCAGAUUACUCAAAUUAUAACAUAGAUUAUCAACGAAACAGUCAAAAUCCUAAUCAACCAUCGAUUCCUGAAACAGAAAUUGAUACAAAUAAUGAUCAAGUUGCAAUUACAAGCGAUUCUCAAAUAGAAUGCAUCGGAACUUUAAAUUUAGCCAAAGAUAAACGCCAAGUAGAUAUCCAAUUUAAUGAUUUUAAUAAUAUUUUAAUCGCAACAGGUGUAAUUUAUAAAGAUGUAUUUUCAACAGGAAUUUAUUCAGUUUCCGUGACGGGACUACAAUUGAUUCAUAUAGAAUGUUACAGUGGUGCUACAGCUUUGGGCUAUGAUCCAAUGACUAGUUCUAUAAUUGUGUUACCAAGAGCUCUUAAUGGAUCCAUUGUAACAUUUUCACAAAUAUCAAGUGAUAUAGAUCCGUUUCGCCCCGAGUAUAUUAAGAAUUUCUCAGUUGCUGGGUAUGGACAUAAAAGAACUACGAAUAUGAGAGUUAGUCCUGUUAGUCCAACGCUUAUUAUUACAUGGUCAGAUGAUAAACUACCCAUUAUCUCGCUAUGGACCCUCUCACAAUUGAUUUGGAAUAAUACAACUUACAAUUUUACAACAAAAUCAUAUAUACAAGCAAUAGAAUUUGAUGAAACGGGACAUAAAAUAGGUAUAGUUAUAGCACAGACCAGAAAAACUAUAAUAGGAAUUUGGACAAUUCAAAAUAAUAAUUUUGUUCAACAAAACAUCAUGAUAGAAGAUAAUAUUACUGUAAAUAGAGCGAAAUGGAAGCCUGACAUAUCCCCAAGCGGCUCUUCCUUCUGCGUUUGGACUCCUCGAGGAAUGAUCGAAGCAAAUGGAAACGAACUGAUCAAAUGGCGCCAGGAUUCAGUCAGAUCAUACAUGUUCGCGGUUUCCCGUGGUGGUUUCCACGUUUAUUUCGAUAAAAGUGGAAUUCUUAAAAUUGCGGGAUCACGGACCAUGGAAGCCGAUAGAGAGAACUCUACAAUCAUUGGAGAGAAGGCUCCACCACUUUCAUUCAUAAAAGCUAUAAUGAGUGGCAAAAUGUUAAAUGCAUCUGGCGUCCAUAUGCAAAGAUGUUAUAAUUGUAGGGCCCCACUCCAGUAUCCCCUUAUUUCAUGCGAGGAAGGAAUCUCUGCUUGUUAUUGUAGUUACCAAUGCCAGGAAAAGCAUUGGCCAUUGUAUUUUGCUAGUCAUCAGCCUUUGUUUUUUGAUGAGGAUGAUAGAACAUAA